GCCUUGAUAAUAAAAUCCAAAGUCCUGAGCAGAAAACACUGGCACAUUUCUUCGCUGCCUUUUCUCUUUCCUUGCUCUCUCCGGUCUACUCUCAUUAAAGCGGCUUAGGAGGCAUUGAAGGCAUCAUCACCCAUCAAUUUCAGGGAGAGAAAGAGAGGGGAAGGAAGCGACACUCCUUUUCUUUAUCCAUCCUUCUCUUCUCUUAUUAGGGUUUUGUUGUGUUUGAAAAACGAUGAUCGACUUUGCUCGUGUUCAGAAGGAGCUUCAAGAAUGCAGCAGAGACAUGGAAGCUUCUGGCAUUAAAGUGGCACCUAAAUCUGACAAUCUUGGUCGAUUAACCGGCACUAUUCCUGGUCCAAUUGGCACUCCUUAUGAAGGUGGCACUUUUCAAAUUGAUAUCACUCUCCCAGAUGGAUACCCCUUUGAGCCUCCCAAAAUGCAGUUUGCAACAAAAGUCUGGCACCCUAACAUUAGCAGUCAAAGUGGGGCAAUCUGCCUGGACAUUUUGAAGGACCAGUGGAGCCCCGCACUCACUCUAAAGACAGCACUUCUUUCUGUCCAAGCAUUACUCUCUGCUCCUGAACCUGAUGACCCUCAAGAUGCUGUUGUAGCGCAACAGUAUCUUAGAGACUACCAGACCUUUGUUGGCACAGCUCGCUACUGGACGGAAACUUUUGCCAAGACCUCAUCGCUUGGGGUCGAGGAAAAGGUACAAAAACUCGUGGAGAUGGGUUUCCCUGAAGCUUUGGCGAGAGGUGCGCUAGAAUCUGUUGGUGGUGACGAGAACUUGGCUCUUGAAAAGCUUUGUUCUGGUUAAAGAGGUGAUAAAACUGCCAGUGAUGAAUAGUUAUAUCCACAAAUAGUUUUUACUUAACUAAUCCUUUUCUUUGGUGAGGGAUGGGAGAUUUGUUUAAUCCAUUUUGCCUACCUUCUUGGAUAUCUCUUCUGCUGAUAAGGAAUCCGCCUUUAACUUUCAUCGUAUGGACGGAGUUGCUAAAAACAACUGUAUUAAUUACUCCUGGUUGGUGCACUUUCACAUUGGAAAAUAUUUACCUAAAGCCUUUUUCUCUCA